AUUUUGAUAUUUAAAAUGCAAAAGAUCAUUGCCAUUUUGGUCAUUGCCGCCUGCGGCCUAUUAGUUUUCGUGGCGGCACAAAAGUGCCAGGAAUGUCAAAGCGGUAAUUCUGCCUACUGUCAUGACCAGACCUCCUAUCGAAAUUGCAUGCAAAACAAUCCCAUUGGCGACAUUGUGACGUGUGACAGCGGUUACGUUUGCAGCAACACCGAGGAUGUCUGCGUGAUGAGCUAUUUUGUGGAUGGAUCUAGUGUGCAGGACGUAUGUGGGCCAUCUGGUGGAAACGGUGAAGACUGUGCGGUCUGCAGCGGCAGCAACAAAUACAGCUGCGUCAGUGAGACUCAGUUUGCACGAUGUGUGGAUCAGCAGGUAUCCACCGCCAAUGUCUACAGCUGUGGCACCGAUGAGAUUUGUGUGAUUGAGGCCCUCGCCACCCACGGCACCCUUUGUGUGCCCACCUGUGCCGCUACCUUCUUGAACGAGGCGGCUCCGUGCAGCAACAGAGAGUACGUGGCACCCCCAGACCCAAGGGUACCCACUGUGGAAGAACAAGUGAAGGCUUGCCAAGAGGCAGGUGCCAAUUCGAACUACCUUUACUUCUUUACGAGAUACAUCAAAGAUAUGACAUGCAAUAGCUAUCUCUACUGCGAGAAGGUCAGUACCGUCACGUGGAUAGCCAUCCUAUAUAGCUGCAAUGGGGACAAACCAUUCUUCGAUUCGGCCUCCACGACAUGUGUAGCCAUUCGACCGGCGGACUGCGCAGCAACAACUACGAGUAGUCCACAGGAACAGACAACUUCUUCUUCUGCUGGGCCAACAGAAAUUCCAUCUACGACAGCACCUACAACGACUAGUCCGCUGGAAUCAACAGAGUCUUCCACGAGCUCUAACUCCGAAGUUUCCUCUGAAACUCCAUCUACGACAGCACCUACAACGACUAGUCCACUGGAAUCAACAGAGACUUCCACGAGCUCUAACUUCGAAGCUUCCUCUGAAACUCCAUCUACGACAGCACCUACAACGACUAGUCCACUGAAAUCAACAGAGUCUUCCACGAGCUCUAACUUCGAAGCUUCCUCUGAAACUCCAUCUACGACAGCACCUACAACGACUAGUCCACUGGAAUCAACAGAGACUUCCACGAGCUCUAACUUCGAAGCUUCCUCUGAAACUCCAUCUACGACAGCACCUACAACGACUAGUCCACUGGAAUCAACAGAGUCUUCCACGAGCUCUAACUCGGUAGCGUCCUCUGAAACUCCAUCUACGACAGCACCUACAACGACUAGUCCACUGGAAUCAACAGAGACUUCCACGAGCUCUAUCUCCGUAGCGUCCUCUGAAACUCCAUCUUCGACAGCACCUACAACGACUAGUCCGCUGGAAUCAACAGAGUCUUCCACGAGCUCUAACUCCGAAGCUUCCUCUGAAACUCCAUCUACGACAGCACCUACAACGACUAGUCCGCUGGAAUCAACAGAGUCUUCCACGAGCUCUAACUCCGAAGCUUCCUCUGAAACUCCAUCUACGACAGCACCUACAACGACUAGUCCACUGGAAUCAACAGAGUCUUCAACGAGCUCUAACUUCGAAGCUUCCUCUGAAACUCCAUCUACGACAGCACCUACAACGACUAGUCCACUGGAAUCAACAGAGUCUUCCACGAGCUCUAACUCCGAAGCUUCCUCUGAAACUCCAUCUACGACAGCACCUACAACGACUAGUCCGCUGGAAUCAACAGAGUCUUCCACGAGCUCUAACUCCGAAGCUUCCUCUGAAACUCCAUCUACGACAGCACCUACAACGACUAGUCCGCUGAAAUCAACAGAGUCUUCCACGAGCUCUAACUCGGUAGCGUCCUCUGAAACUCCAUCUACGACAGCACCUACAGCGACUAGUCCACUGGAAUCAAAAGAGUAAGAAAUUAUGUUUAAAACAUUAAUGAAUUGGUUUUAAAUAUGGAAAUGGCUCUGGGAAUUUUUCAAAACAAUGACACAUUUUACUACAGUUUAUUAAAAGAAUCACAAUUACUUAUAAUAAAUUAUGAAUCAAAAAUGUACAUAAAAUUCACAUCAAUUUAGAUUUAGUUUCGUCUGUUGAAUGAGUGCUUCAUCUAUCGUCCUGGAGGAACGCGUCAAAGUCAAUGAGUAUCUGCUUCUGGGCGGGCACGUGCCGGGUACAGACCACGCCAACGGAGUCGAGCAUGCGCCUGGAUGCGCGGUAUAUUUGCUUAUGGGCAUACUUGUCCGACAUGUAAAAAAUUUUCUGGAUGCCAGACUGCGUAACGAAACCAAUGUUGGAGUUGGGUAAAUAUCUGGUUGGAGUGGGUAAAAACCAGGAUUACCUGUAUAAUGAGCUUGGCGCACUCGUUGCACGGGAAGAGCGUGGUGUACAGGCAUGUACCAACCAAACUGCCGCCAUUGGAGUUGAGUAUGGCGUUGGCCUCGGCGUGGACCACAUACAACUUCUUUUCCUCCAGGGAAUCGGGAGAACUGUUCUUGCUUAACUUCGACCAGGGGAACUCGUCAUCGCUGCAGUUGCGCGGUAAUCCAUUGUAACCAAUGGCAACAAUGCGCUUCUGCUGGUCCACGAUGCAGGCGCCCACCUGGGUGACAGGGUCUUUGCUGCGCUGGGCUGAGAGCACGGACGUGGCCAUGAAGUAAUCAUCCCAAUGCAGGUAGUCCUGCCGCUUCGAAUUCUCUGCUUCGGAAACUUCCUUAUUUGCAGAUGUGUCGCUGGAAUUAUUAAGGAUAUUUUUGGAUGGGUUCCUUUUGUUUUUAUUUAAUUAAAAUUAAAAAAACUGUGUGCACAUUCUUUAUUGCAUUCAUUACAUGAACCAUGAUCGCAAAUUUUUGUCAGCAGCAAUAAUAAUGUAUUUAUCAUAUAAUUGGAAUAUACAGCGAAUACUUUUCAAUAAUAAUUUUCAUAUUCAACUCAAUGUGUGAUUAGGAGAGUACAUAAUUAAAACUAGUUGGCAGGCAAAGCCAUAGCGUCAAAUUGUGACACUUAGGUGGUCUUCUGCAACUGAAUUGGAUUCUGCUUGAGAUGCAGGUAUAUGGAACGCAUUCGAGAGACAUCCUUGCCCGCCUUGUUAACUUUCGGAUUGAAGUCGCAGAGCUUGGCUAUGCGCUCCCACUCAGUGCCUGGCUCGAUGGUCCCGUUUUCCAAUGAAGCG